UUGAGGAGGUGAGGGACAUAGUAGCUCGAGAGCUGCCGACCGGAGUCGAUGCUGGCGGCACGCGCGCGGCCAUGGCCAAAGACUACGUGCUGAUCCUCGCCUCCGUGGCGGCGCUGGCCGUGCUCUCGGCGGCGACCUUGCUGUGCUCCUGGCGGCGGCGGCGGCGGGCGCUGUCACCGUCGCAGCGGCGCGCGGCGGCGGGCGACGUGGAGCUCGGCCAGGGCGCGGCCGGGAUCGACGAAGCAGUCCUGGCCCGGUACCCGACGUUGGUGUACUCGUCGCCGUCGCCGGCGCCGGAGAAGGACGAGGAGACGGCCGCGGGCGCGGGGGCACCGGCGGCCGGGUCCGACGCGGCGCGGUGCGCGGUGUGCCUGGCGGACUACGCGGACGGCGACGAGCUCCGGCGGCUGCCCGACUGCCGGCACGCGUUCCACCGGGGCUGCAUCGACCAGUGGCUGCGCCGGCGGCCGACGUGCCCGGUCUGCCGUGCGUCGCCGCCGCCGCCGCCGGGGAAGGCCGUCGUCGUCGCCGCCGUCGGCUCGUAAUUAAUUUUUGCUUAUUUUUUGUUUUUUUAUUGUACAUAGCUUGUGCAGAGUAGAUCAUCAUGGACACUCUCAUUACUUCUUUCGGAAAUGCUCAUGCUUUUCCUUUGACGAAAGAACAAAAAAAAGCUAGGACCAUAGUGCACCUGUGAGACGGACACGCAAAGACACCGGCCCGUGUACGAUGCUGAACGAACUGCAAAGAAAAUAUACUCAUUUUUUUUCUCA